AUGGCUGCUGUUGAGUCUGCAGCGGCAGUACCAGCACCAGGGGCUACAGCAGGCGCUACCGCCAGCAACGGUCCGCUCCCCAGUUUCACGCAGCCCGUAGUGGGGAAGGCAGAAGCGCCGCUGCUCGCGCUACACCCCGCGGGGCCCAAUGCAGGCGGAGGCGGAGGCGGAGGCGGAGGCGGAGGCGGAGGCGGAGCCGCCGCGCAGCACUUCACAAGCGCGCUCUCCGCGCCGUCCGCCGGCGGCGCUCGGGAACCCGCGGACGGGAGCGGGGCUCGCGCGGAGAGGGAGACCUCCCCCGCAGAUGCGGACGGUGACGGGGGAGACGGCCCCGCCAGUAGCAGCCCGCAGAGCAGUCCCGCGGCCUCUGGCGGAACCCAAACGCAGGACGGCGGAGGCGGGGAUACCGAGGAUAAAAAGAACUCGACGGCGGUGCGGGAGGAAUGGACGGAUGAGGCGACCGACGCGGUGUUGGAAGUGUGGGCGCGAAAGCACCUGUCUUUAAGUCGCGGCAAGUUAAAGAAGCACGAGUGGGAGGAGGUGGCGCAGCGCGUUAGCGAGAUGCUCGGGCACGCGAACGCCAAGACGUGGCUACAGUGCAAGAAUAAGAUCGACUCGAUUAAAAAGAAGUACAAGUCCGUGCGGUGCCAGCUUGCCGCGGGCGGCUCGGUCAAGCGCGAAUGGCGGCUGUACGACCGAGUAGAUUACCUCUUAGGCGGCGGCUCCGCGAGUCACGGGACAGGUAGCAUGGGCAGACCUCCUCCCAUCGGGUCCGCGUCUUUAUUCUCGACCGUGGGCGCCAACUCGAGCAAUAGCAGAAUGCCAGGUGGCGCCUUCGGAGCAGUUUACGGCAAUGCCGCGAUAAGUGGCGGGAUGAGCGGCGGGAUGAGCGGCGGGAUGGGCGGCGCAAUUGGCGGCGGGAUGGUGAAUGGGCUUCCAGGAGUCAUGGGCGGCGGUAUGGGGAGCCUCAUGGGGGCCGCUAUGGGGAAUAACGGGCUCGUUUCCGCCGCGGUCGCCGCCGCGAAUGUCGCUCUGGGGACGAACGCAGCUAUAGGAUCGUCGCGCGUGUUCCCUGGAAAAAUGGGGUCGAUCGCAGGCGACAACGUGGUUACCGAGGCGAGCGACGACGACGACGACGAUGACGACGACGAGGAGGACGACGACGACGAAGGCGACGGAGCGAACGGCGGAACGAGCGCGCAAGGCAGCAGGGGCGGCGCAGGCGCCGCCGCCGGCGGCGGCAACAGCGGAGUCAACCCGCCGUUGCUGCAAGACUCGCUAAUGAAGCAGCGGCGGUCGUUUAGCCUUCCGCUAGACCCGCGCAUGCAGCACUUAAUGGGGAAAACCGCCGCUUCCCCCGGCGGGGGCAGCCCCAUGGGAGGAGCGCUCGGCGCGUCUCCGCACCAACACACGCAACACGCGCAAGCGUACGGGAUGGCGGGUGGAAUCGGCGCGGGGGGCGUCAACGGCGGAAACCUCACGUCGCCGGGGGGAGCUGCGGGGGCGGCGGGGGGGACCGGCGCGAACGGCGCGCUGCGGCCGUCGGCGGCGAAGAUGAAGCGGAAGGCGUCGUCCGCGGCGGUGAAGGACCUGGCGCUGGCGGUGCGCGAGUUCGCGUCGGUAUACGAGCGCGUGGAGCGCGCUAAGGUGGAGCAGAUGGUCGAAAUGGAGCGACUGCGACUCGAGUUCAGUCGCGAGAUGGAGGUGCGGCGCAUGAAGGUGCAGCUAGAGGUCGCGCGGCUCGCGGGCGGCGGAAACGGCGGCGGAAGCGGAAGCGGAGCGGGCGGGGGAGUGGGAGGGGGAGGGGGAGGCGGAGGGGGUUCGGGACAUUUGAGCGCCGCGGCGGCGGCGGCGGCGGUGGACCUGGCUGGCGGAGCGGACGCGGGGAUUGCGGGGAUGCCAGCACAUCACAUUGAUCCCUGA